AAAGUAUCGUCAGUAGCUGAGCAUGGUAAAUCGUUUGCCAGCGCCCUGGAGCUAAUACACGCCAUCGACUCGGACGUGAAACUGUACCGGAUCAUUGCCGAAAAGGUGUUUGACGAUCUAAGGCCCAAAGCGGUCGACAUGGAGUUUGACGUCGACCAGUCCCUAAUGAACGCCAAUCUGAGGGCGUUUUUCAUACAGUCUGGCGAUGACUCGUUCACCGGAAACUCCGUACAACUGCACCCGCCUAAGGGUCAGGCCGAUUGCACAUCACUGGACCAGGUGCCCGAUUAUAAGAUAGACGGCCUGGCUACUAAGGUGAACAAACAGGAAUUUAUUGGUAAGAACUUU